GUCCAGUCACAAAUUAAGUGUCAAACAAGGAAGAAAUAGAUGAAAUAACUUGUUCCAGGUGUAAUAGGGCUCAUAUACCUGGUGAUGUAUAUCUGCAUCAUCAUCUUCUUCUCCAUCUGCAUGUGUGGGCUGCUGGCCACCAUGGACGACCGGAUCCCAUACUUCACACUCGCCGACUCCAUCAUCGGCAAUAACCCAGGCAUGGGCCACAGACCGCUGCUCUUCGAAGAGGGAGCGCUGAUCUGGUACGACCAGUCCAACUCCACGCAGGUGAAGAAGUAUGUCGACAAUAUCAACGAGUUUCUUGCGCCAUACCGCAACAAAAGCCUGCUAAUCAACCAGGGUGUGAACCAGCGCGAGUGUGGCGCCAUGAAGCCUCCGCGGGAAGAGGUGUGCGCCUUUGACGUGGUCAGCCAGUUCGGGCCCUGCACCAAGGAGAACAACUACGGCUUCGACCAAGGGACUCCAUGCAUCAUCAUCAAACUGAACAGGUUAUAUGACUGGAAACCAAUCUUCUACGACGAUCCUGGGGAUUUGCCUCAGAACAUGCCUCCUUACAUUAAAAACUUCAUCAAUAACACAACGCCAGAACGACGCCGCAGCGUGUGGCUGACGUGUAUGGGGGAGAGACCUGCGGACGUGGAAGCCCUGGGUCCGCUGAAGUACUACCCGUACCCAGGGGUCCCUGAAGUGUUCUUCCCGUAUGACAACACCCCUGGCUACCUGAGCCCGCUGGUCGCUGUCCAGCUGGAGAAGCCAGCGUUGGGGCAGAUAAUAAACAUCCGCUGCAGGGCGUGGGCGAAGAACAUCGUCUACACCGAGAGCCUUAAGGAGCGGCUCGGAUCCACCCACCUGGAAAUCAUGAUCGACAAAACUCCAGAACCGGUUAACAUCACCACCGUUUAGGAAGAACUCUCUAUUACACAUUUUAUAUUAUAAUAGACAGAAAAUAAAAUCAUAAUACUAAGCCACUUUCAGGGAAAAUUCGGAAAACUUUUUUUUAGAUAAUGUUUAAGUAUAAUUUUGAACAGUUUUGGAAGUGCGUCAAUAGGCCGUACAGCCAAACGAAUGGACCUAAGUACUUAAUAGAUUGAGGGCCUAAUUUUCACUAGGUUAAGAUAUCUGACACAUGAGCGAAAUUAUGUAAUUAAAACUUUUUCAGGAAUCGUGAGAAUAGGCCCUUAGUUUUUAGAUCUAGUCACAUUGAAUUAAGAAGUGAAUAUGAAAUGCUUAGAUACUAUUACUCUCGUAAUGGGAUACAUUGAUAUCCCAUGCCACUUUUAGGCCUAUGAUUAAAAUGCAACUUUCAUAUAUUUUUAUAUUGAAACUUACAUUUCUACAUUAUGAAUAACUUAAUAAAACCAUACCAUGUUAACCAAAUGAUGACAUAUCAGUGAUAAUGUUUACAUUAACCUAAGUAAAUGAAAGACUAAUGAAAAAUAAACACUACCUAUUAGGGAAGAAAUGU